AUGAGCAAGGACCCCACUUUAGAGGCCAAUGUAAACACGAGGGAAAGAUCUUCCUGCAACACAGCUCUGCAUAUAGCUGCGUCAAAUGGAUUUGGAGAGAUCAUGCGAGCCAUAUUCCCACAUAAGCCAUCACUACUGGCUCAGAAUAAAGAUGGCAAUUUCGCUAUUAAUUUGGCAGCUAAGCACGGUCAUUUAGAAUGCGUCAAGUUGUUAAUGAGGGAAGGAAGUUUGGCGUUUGUCGGCAACAGAAUGUUUAAGAAUCCUCUCAUGCUGGCAGCUGAAAACGGUCACUUCAAAGUGGUAGAAUAUCUCCUUAAUGAAAAAAUUAGGCCCCACUAUCAAUUGAAUAAGAUUAACGAGUCGGAACUCACUCUUGCGAGUAAAAAUGGUCACAUUGAAAUCGUUCGACUUCUUCUGGAAAGUGCGGACCAAAAUCUUUUGAAACAGACCGAGUUGAAUGAGGCCCUUCGAGAAGCCCAGAAUAAAGAGCGAUUUAAUGUGGUGGAAUUAUUGAUUGCUGCUGGCGCCGAUAUUGCAGAAAUUUAG